CUUUUAAUAAGGAUGGAUUUACAGGAAAGGGUUGCCUUUAAGCAUAAAGAAAGUGAAAGUUUGUGAAGUAGCAUAUAAAGGGUGUGCAAGCUGCGGUGAGGCAUAUAUCUACUGAGCACAGGUGAACAAACACAUAUAGAGGGACAAAAUGAACUCUCUGACAUUAUGGGCAGGCGCUCUGCUUAUAUUGAGCGUCAGUCUAUGGAGCUGUACAACAGCUCAGAACGAUGUGGCAGCGGAUUGUUGUUUAACCACCAGCGACCGGCGCAUCCCACAGAAGGUGGUGACGUCUUUCAACAUUCAGACCAGUGAUGGAGUCUGCAGAAUUCCUGCCACUAUAUUUGUCACAAAGAAGGGCUUGAAGCUCUGCGCACCAUUUCCAAGCGAGAAUAACUGGGUGAGCAAACUGAUCGACUACAUACUAGCAGGACCUGUAAAAACCCCCAGAAAACAUAGAGGAAAGAAGCAGAGACAACAGUAAAUGACACCAUCACAGAUUAUGCAGGUCCAGCCUGCUCUCACAAUACAUGCAUGAAUGAUUCUGAUCCUGGAACAGAUAGCUGAUAUUACUUAACCUUAAUAGUAAAUACUCAUUCUCUGGUUUAUUACAUGUGUACUCUAGUGGAGCAGGUCAAGUGUGAAUCUACUGUCAUAGGAAUAAGCUUUACAAGAUAUGAGCUAUUUUUGAAAUGUGAACCCUAUCCCUACAUGGUCUACAAGAGAUUUUAAGCUAAAUAAUUUCUCAUUUUCAUCACUUUCUGAGUUUGUAUUCUGUCUACAUUGUAUAAAGUUACUGUGUUUCCUGAGCCAUUGAAUGGAAAUAUUUUUCUAUAUUUUCCCUUUCUAUUUUGGAAUAUAAAUAAAAGAUUUUACAUUUUA